AUGAACAAAUUCGACGUCACAAAGAAGAAGUUCCGGGAGAGCAGCACACGGCUGCAGCAAGAAAGGCGAACGGCGAGGUUGAUACCGGCGAGACCAGCAGGGGCGGGCAUACGGGCCAGGACAGCACCGACUCGCCUCAGACCACCAAUGUGCAGGCUAGCUCUGUCACAAAGAGAAGAGCAGUCGCGACCAGAGGAGCAACAGACAGCCCGACCGCCAGCAAGAACGGCCGUGGCGACCGAUAGAGGCGGACGGAUCCGGAUCGCCCAUGUUCCUCGCAGCUCUCUUGAGGCAGUGACCAACGGAAGUGUCCAGGAACAACAGGGAGAACGGGCAAGGACACCGUCGCCAGACCGGGACAUCCUGGAGCUACACCCGAUGGACAUGGAUGCACAGGCAGAGGAAGCAACACCAAGCCAGGAGACAGAGGCACGCCCAGACGCACAGGCGCCACGAGUGGAGUGGUUCACAAACGAGAUGGGGUGGAUCGUACCCAGAGAUGCGACGAUGUCAGCCAGGGCGGUCAACGAAAUCAAAGAGAGAUGGAACAGGAGGAGAAAAGGGAAACAGCAGAGUAUCCUAGUGAAGGACGACCAGAAGACGUGGAAGGUCAUCUUUGGAAGGGGAAGCCGCAUCACGAUAAGACACUUCGUGCCUUCUCAAGAGGGGGGGAGUCACACUGGCGAGGGCCGGGAGGAUAUAAAAAGGGCGCCAGUGGCCCAUACAGAUCACUCUGCGGCCGACGGCGAUCGGAGAAGGCGCUCCUCGGCCGUCUGCCGAACCGAUCCCACCUGGUUCUCACCCGGGUUGCGUCGGUCCGCAACGCGCCCUGACCACCACUCGGUUCUCCGAGGCGCUCCUCGGCCGUCUGCCGAACCGAUCCCACCUGGUUCUCACCCGGGUUGCGUCGGUCCGCAACGCGCCCUGACCACCACUCGGUUCUCCGAGGCCCACCGCCGGCCCUGCGCGCCCGGAACUAAGACCGAUCAGAUCGGCAAGGCCGACCCCUCGUGGUCGCGACACUUCUCAUUUCCUGGGUACCCGCCGCCGCCGCCGCCACCGCCGCGACGACGACGCCCAACGACGACGCCGAACGACGACACGGAAGACCCCGGCAACCUACGGGCGGACGAGCCCCUGCAGCACGAACUCUAUAUAUACUAUGUAACAAAUAAUUCUUAA